UCACGGAGCAGGGUUUUUUCCACCCCCUGUUCCCCUUAAAAAAACCAAAAAAGACAGGAGGAUGUAGCAGCGGUACCCUGACCAGGAGCCUGGAUCCCAUCAGGCGAGAACUGCUUCCUUAUCGCUGGGGAGGAAAAGGAUCUUCCUGGUUAAGGAUAUCGGGUCUCCUGGGGAUAUGAAAGGAACUGAUCUUUAGGAACUAGCUGAUGCUGAUCAUCCAAGGAGGAGACAGAUUUGGAAACCUUUGCUCAGGCUCACCUGCUUUUGCUUUUUGGAUGCCUGUUCCUAAAAAAGGAGACCCUGAAUAUGUGCCCCCACACUAGGGAUAGGUUCGUCUGCUGCCACCCCACCAAUGGCAAGAUGAGUAGGCCACGCGGCGCACGGUUAUGACACCAUGAAGAGUUACCAUGGGGAGCGCAGCCAGUCACGAGAACACCCCUGCCACUGCGUCCCGGAGGCCUGCGACCAGCCGAUGGAAUACAUCCACCAUAGCCAGGAGUCUCGCCAGCCAUACCUCCUCAGCCCCAGCGAGCCUUGUUCCCUGGACCACUACUGCCCAUCGCGGGGCUCUGCCGAGGCCCCGCUCAGCCUAACGGAGCCCCUCUCAGCCGCCAGCAGCAGCAGCACCUUCCCUAGGAUGCACCACACGCCGCAGCAGUACGACUCCUGCGACGAGUGCAUGGCGGCCGCCCACCCUUCCGGCAAGAUCAACCGGCUGCCCCCCACCCUCCUCGACCAGUUUGAGAAGCAGCUGCCCCUGCACCACGACGGCUUCCACACCCUGCAGUACCAGCGGGCCAGCAGCACGGAGCAGCCACGGAGCGAGAGCCCCAGCCGCAUCCGCCACCUCGUCCACUCGGUCCAGAAGCUCUUUGCCAAGUCUCACUCCCUGGAGGCCCCCUCCAAGCGCGAGUACAACGGCACCAAGAUGGAAGGCCGGGGGGGCGAGGGAGGGUACCACCACCACCACCCUCACCACCACCACCGCCAGUCGCGCCACGGCAAGCGCAGCAAGAGCAAGGACCGCAAGCUGGAUUCCUCCUCCUCCUCCUCCCGCCACCGGAACAAGAUGAUGGGCUGGUGGAGCUCCGACGACAACCUGGACAGCGACAGCAGCUACAUGGUGUCCGGGAGGCAGCACGCCAUCGACCAGGCCACCCAGUACUGCGUGGACACCCCUGAAAGUGCCUUCAGAGACUUGACCUUGAAGAGUCUGAAGAGCGGAGGUGGGGAGGGCAAGUGCUUGGCAUGCGCGGGAAUGUCCAUGUCCCUCGAUGGCCAGACGCUCAAGCGGAGCUCCUGGCAUACCAUGACCGUCAGCCAAGCGCGGGAGGCCUACCCCAGCUCGGGAGGAGGCCCAGAGAAAGCCUUGAUGCUCCAGGAGGCCAAGGCCAAGGACCGAUCCUAUCAUUAUCUUCAGGUACCCCAAGAUGAUUGGGGAGGAUAUCCAGCUUCAGGGAAGGAUGGAGAGAUACCCUGUCGACGGAUGCGGAGUGGCAGCUAUAUCAAGGCCAUGGGAGACGAUGACAGUGGGGACUCGGAUACCAGCACCAAGGUGUCUCCCAAGGGGGUGACCCGGCGUGAGGGGUACCGCCGUUCCUCCAGUGUAGAUCAGGCCAGAACCAAGUUUGCAAGUAGGCACUAUUCUGACUCAUAUAUCUGUAACUGUCCCAGCUGCUGCACGUCACCCCGAAUCCGGCCACGGGGACAAGGGUAUGGACGUUCCUUUACCACCGGGCAGAUUAAUGAUGAGUUGAACCACCAGUUUGAGGCCGUGUGUGAGUCUGUCUUUGGAGAGGUGGAGUCGCAGGCUGUCGAGGCCUUAGACCUGCCCGGUUGCUUCCGCAUGCGCAGCCAUAGCUACCUGAGAGCCAUCCAAGCUGGCUGCUCCCAGGACGAUGACUGCCUCUCUCUCUUUACCAUGGCAACCACCACCCACCAGCCUGGCCAGCCCCUCACCAGCAGCAUUCUCAAGCCAAGCACCUCCUUUAGUUACAGGAAAGCUCCCCCUCCCCUCCCUUCAGGAAUGAAAGCCAAGCCCCUCAUUUCGGUGACGACGCAAAGCAGCUCUGAGUCCGCCCAUGACAGCUUCCUGCCCAGGGAAGUCAAAAGGAGUCCAUCGUGGUCCAAAGAGGCCGCCAAGCGCUGCAACUCCACAGAGAGCCUAGAAAGCACCAAGAUCACUGCCAUGUCCCUGGACUUGCCUUCAAUCCAACCCAGGACUGCCCCCAACCCCCCCACCCUCAUCAUCAGGACGAUUCCGGGGAGGGAGGAGCUAAGAAGUUUGGCUCGUCAGAGGAAAUGGCGCCCAUCUAUCGGAGUUCAGGCAAGCAAGAAGCAUCACCAGGGUUCUAGCCAGACAAGACUCAAAGAGGAUGCCAAGCAGGGCCAGUCCCAGAGGCAGAGUCCCAGAGGCAAGACAGAGAAGCCUGGAAGGCUGCCUGGACCAGAGAUUCCUUGUCCCUUUGAUAAGCUAAAGAAGUCAAGGGAACCUCAGGUGGAAACUAUAUCCGAUUCAGACACGGAAAGCAGGAGCCGCAGAGAGUUCCACUCCAUCGGGGUGCAAGUAGAAGAAGAUAAAAGGCGCGCUCGGUUCAAGCGGUCCAACAGUGUGACUGCCGGCGUGCAGGCUGACCUGGAGCUGGAGGGUUUGGCAGGGCUGACGGUGGCGACGGAGGACAAGGCCCUUCAGUUUGGGCGCUCCUUCCAGCGGCAUUCUUCAGAGCCGGAGUCCACGCGGCAAUACUCGGUGUACAAGACGGUGCACACGCAAGGGCAGUGGGCCUACCGGGAAGACUACCAGAUGCAGUACGACACCGUGGAAGUGCCGCGCCAGGAUUCCUGGAUGGACAGGGGGUCGCGCAGCCUGCCCGAUUCUGGCCGAGCAUCGCCCUGCCACCGGGACGGCGAGUGGUUCAUUAAGCUGUUGCAGGCGGAGGUGGAGAAGAUGGAAGGCUGGUGCCAGCAGAUGGAACUGGAGGCUGAAGAUUAUGAUCUGCCGGAAGAGAUCCUUGAGAAGAUCCGUAGUGCGGUGGGCAGUGCCCAGCUCCUGAUGUCACAGAAAGUCCAGCAGUUUUACCGACUCUGCCAGCAGAACAUGGACCCCAAUGCUUUCCCCAUGCCCACUUUCCAGGACCUGGCCGGAUUCUGGGACCUCCUGCAGCUCUCCAUUGAGGAUGUCAGCAUGAAGUUUGCUGAACUUCACCAGCUCAAAGCCAAUGGGUGGAAACCCAUCGAGCCCAAGGAGGAAAAGAAGGUGCCUCCGCCAAUACCAAAGAAGCCGCCACGCUCCCGGCUGCACCCAGUGAAGGACCGGUCCCUGGACUCUGUGGACCGGCAGAGGCAGGAGGCCCGCAAGAGGCUCCUGGCGGCCAAGAGGGCUGCCUCCUUCCGCCAGAGCUCAGCCACCGAAAGUGCAGACAGCAUUGAGAUCUACAUCCCCGAGGCCCAGACCAGACUGUGAGGGCAGGGGCCUCUUUUCUAACCAUCCUGUACGUGCAGAAGACACAGCACCACUGUGAUCUGUGUCCCAUCAUUUCCCCAGGGAGGGCAACUCUAGGCCUGAUCGCAAUCCCUGAAUUUUUUAACAAGAACUUCUGCAAUCCAUGGACCUGAAGCUAGACAGAUGUGAAAACUGGCCUCCUUCACUCGUCGCUCUUAUAGCAAGAUGUGGCGGUUGCCAGCCUUCACCGGUUGCUCUCCUCUGGUCCAUCCAGACCGGAACCUUUCCCCCUUCUAUUCCUCUGAUUCUCUUCUUAUAUAACCUUUGCCCCCUGCUCCCAUUGGUGGGCAUUUCCACCACCAAGACCCCUUAACCCACCCCCUUUCCAUGAGCUUUUUUCACUGUCCUGCAGGCUCGGGGCCCCCAUCAACAACCCCGUCACUCCGCAUCCACGGAUUCGAGGCCCAUCAAUAUUUAUAUUAUAAAUAUUAUAUGUAUAUGUACUUCUAUAAAUAUAACCGAAGGGCAGAAACUGCCCAAGACCACAGCUGUGUUUCUGAUGGCGAGAGCCUUCUCGUCUCCUCAGGAGACCCCGUCCCGUCCCGUGUCAGCAGCCUGAGUCCCCACACCCUACACGCACAAAACAUACUAAGAUCUCCCCCACCACCAACACAUACACACAAAUACACAAGUUGGAUGAAGCAAGGGAGAUAGCUAGAGGGAUGGGUGGCCACCACCAUAUCCAUCAGCCCCAGAAACUUGGCUGAAGGUCUGCUGGUCGACAAACAUUUGGUGGAACUGGUUCCGUGAGGAGUGGUGCAUCUAUAACUUCCUGAGUCUUGGCAGCUGAUGCUCCUGAUGAGAGAUUCUUAAAAAAUAGCAUUGGCUGUACUCUUCUGUGGUGAUACCACUCAAAUGACCAAUGACUCAUUCUCUUGCAUCAGCAGGAGCACAAUUCCCAAGACUCGGGAAGUCAUGAUUCCACUCUGCACAGCAUGUCAGGGAGUCAUCUUGUAUAGAAUUAUGGGUUUUACAGCUCAAGGAGGAUAAUGAAAGCCAGAUUCAGAAAAGAGCUACACCUAUGAGAAAGGAUCUUCUAGGAGCCAAAUUGUCCAAUGGGGGGAUUAUAAAGGAACUAGAUUCUAGGUUUGGCUCAAAGCAGUGCUUUUAAAGCUUCCUUCCUUCAGAGAACACUCCAUGUUUAUUUGCCUGCUUUGGAACCUUUGCUCAUUCCAAAGGAUUCUGGGAAGUGAUCUAAGCUGCGAAUUUAGUUUGCAUGGGGUACUGGCUAGAUCUGUUUGGCCUCCCUCUGACCCACUGUAAACUAAGACUAGGCCCUAGAACAGGCCUAGUUUUUUUCCGCAAUUCCACUUUGCAAGGAAAGAAGGAUGGUGGUGGGUAAGAUCUUUCAGGAAAGCUUAUCCACCUUUCCUGGUCUUCUCAUCAACAGAUCCACACAGACACGCACCCAAGUUCCCUGGGACACAGUUUUGAAAGCCAUUGGCUUAGAGAAAGGAAGAGUAACAGGACUAAUUUACAUAUAUAUAUAAAAUUAAAAGGGCAUCAACAUGAAAAUAGAUGGCGUGAUUAUUCACCCUCACCACUGAGAGCAUAGAGUAAGAAGAAGAAACAGCGAAAAUAAGCUACUAAGAGCGGUUAUGGGGUGCUAAGAGCGGUUGAUGGCAUUUUCUAGAAGAGGAGCAGAAAACAUCACUUUGGGAUUUUGAAGGUUGAGGAUAUAUUGUAUCAUGACAAUGAUUCUUAUGACGUGAGAGCAGCAUCGUUGACAACCCCUCAUGACUUCUCCUACACUACUCUGGUAAUGCAUCAACCCAGUGGGGGAGCAGGAUGAUGUGGGAAGGACUACAUCAGAGACCAGGUCUGGAGGAGUGGCUUUGAGGUACUCCAGUUUUCUUCAACCCUGUGAAGUAGAUUGGGCUUAGAUGCAAUGAGCUGCUUUAAGUUGAACUUCAUGCUUGACCAAGGAUUCCAAACCAGGACUUCCCGGUCCUAGACUAACACUCUGCACCAUACAGGGGCUCAGCGAUCCCACCAUUCUGUCACGUGUGUUUGUGUGUAUAUAUGUGUUUUCUAAUGUAAGAAUUGGCACAUGUUAAAGGGUUGUACUCAGGGUGUGUGGCUGGGAGUGUGGCUGUGUUUUCUAACAUAAUAAUUGGUGCAUAUUAAGGGGUUGUACCUGAUCAGAGGUGGGGAGCCUGUGGUCUGCCAGAUGUUGCUGGACUUCAGCUACCAUCAGCUCUAGCCAGCAUGGCCCAGUGCAUAGGAGCCAACUCCUAGAGGCCGUGGGGGCUUCGGCCACUGGAAUAAAAUAUUUGAGGGGGCUGGAGCCCCACAAAAAAUAAUGGGCAUUGCCAUUCAAAUGGUGUUCAUGCACUGUGUCAUGCAAUCAAUUAUGUGGGGCAGGGCUUACCUGGGCCCCCACAAUAUUUCAUUCAAGUUGGCACCCCUGACCCAGUGGUCCAAGGUGAUGUAGUCCACCAACAUCUGGAAAGCCAGAGGUCACCCAUCCCUGUUUGAGAUGAUCACCUGAGGGUCUUCCAGCUGUUUUAUCUUCCAGGAGGAGACAUGAUGAUAUUUUCCAAUACAUGUCAAGACUGGAACUGCCAUGCCACAGAAAACCUUCCAAAAGGAGGCCAGAUGAAAUCAACGUAGGCUGGCACUUUUGAAUCCAAUUCCUCAUGGCGAAAUCAACUUGAGUUGAUUUCACAAUGACAAAAAGGGCCUAGCAAAACACCAACGGUUGUUACCAGCUUUGCCUCACCCUCCCAAAUCAAAUUCAAGGUUUGGGGCGGGAGGCAUAGAGGGGGCCUCUCAAAGGCCAUUGAUUGAGUAGCCAGGGUGCUUGGGUUGGAGGGAGGCCCUGGGUUGAGCCCUGCUGGAUCAGACCAGAGACUUAUCUAGGCCAGCACCCUAUUCCGACAGUGGGGAACCAGAUGCUUGUGGGAAGCCUGCAAGCCAUACCUGAGCUCCACUUGCAAUUCCCAUCAGCUGGUAUUCAAAGGCAUACUGUCUCCAGUGGCGGAGGUAGAACAUAGUCACAGUGGCUAGUAGCCACUGAUAGCCUUAUCCUCCACAGGUUUGUCUAAAACUCUUUCAAGGCCAUCCAAGUUGGCCAUCACUACCUCUUGCGGGAGAGAAUUUCAUAGUUUAACUGCGCUGCGUGAAGAAGGACUUCCAAUAUUCAGCUUCAUUGGAUGUCCAUGAGUUCUAGUGUCUAGUCUCCCCAUCCACGUUCUCCUUGCAGUGCCUUAGGAGGAAAUCCUAAGUCCUGCUUGAGGCAGAAGUCCAGACCAGCAUGAAAUAGCUUAGCCAUUUCUGACCUCCCAAAGGCAGCACUAACUACACAAGCAUCACAGCCCUGCAUUUCCUCAGAAUACCAGUAGCUGGGGGAACAACAGCAGUGGAAGGUGAUUGCCCUCAUGUCAUGCUUGCAUGCUUCCAAGAAGCAUCUUCUUGGCCGCAGUGGCAGCCACGAUGCUGGACUAGGUGCCCACCCUUUGAUCUGAACCAGCAGUGGGCUCUUCAUCUUCUCAGUUCCUGUCCACUCAGUUGCCAUCUUGGCAUCUUGUUCACAUUGCAUUGGCCAAGAAGCAUAGGCUUAAGUUGAAUAUGAGAGGGAAUCUUUCCAUUGGGUCAAUGAAAAAAGUGACCGCAAAAUAAACAGCCCACCAACAGAA